AUGAAAGGUUAAUGUGAGUUAGUGCUAGGUGUACUGAUUAUGAUAAUAAAGAAAGCAAUUUUUCUAUUAUAUCUAUUGCAUAAAAACAAUGUUUGUUUAAUUAAUUAUUAUCAUAUAAUAAAUAUUUAUAGAUAUUCGUAUAAAUAUUUAUAGAUAAAUUAUUUUUAAUUUAAUUAAAUUUCUUCAACAAAAUAAUUCAAAAUGUCAACAAACAAUUCUAUGUCUGAUGAAAGUACAACAAUCUCACGAACACCACAAAAACGCAAAGAAAUUUUAAGGAAAAUAAUAACUAAAGCUCAAUCUUUACAAGAAUCAAUUAAUGAUGAAACUAUAAAAACUCUGGAAUUAUGCAUGGAAGAAACAGACAAUAUAAAUUCUGAAACAAGUAUAGAAGAAAAGGUACAUAAUCAAGAAGAAGUAUUAAUGGAUUCAGAAAUGAUGCACAUAUCUUCUAAUGUUUUAAAACAUUGUACAAGAUCCUUAACAAAAGUUGUAUGCUCAUAUAAUUAUAUAGAAUUUGCUAAAAAAAUAGUACAAUAUGUAAAACAACUUCCAGAUGUAGAACCAGAAACACCAGAUUGGUCACUUUUGGAAUCGCAAGUUAUAAAAUGCUUUAAAAGAACACCUCAAUAUAGUACAUUAUUAGGUACUUUAACACCAUUAGAAAAAAAAGAAAUUAAUAAAAAAAAACCUGUAAGAGUAAAAGAAACUCAAGCACAAAUUAAAAGACCAGAUAAUGUUGUAACAAUUGAAAAGGAAGAAGAAGGACCAGAAGAAACUGUAAAAAUGAAAGAGUUUAUCUCUAAAUAUUAUAAAAUUUAUCGUAAACCGCUCGAUUUUUUCAAAUUAAUUUUACAUCCUAAUGAUUUUGGAAAAACAAUUCAAAAUAUUUUACAAAUAUCUUUUCUUGUUAGAGAUGGAAAGAUAAAAAUAACAAAAGAUGCAUCUGGAAUACUAGUUGUUCAACCUUGUACUAAAGAUAUGACAGCUCAAGUGAAGACAGGAAAUAUCGAAAAUAUUCAAAAUGUAAUGUAUUUAAACAUGGAACAAUGGAAGAUCCUGAAAAAUAUUUAUCGACUGGAAAAUCCAUUAAUUGAAUCUGAAAUAAAAUAAUUUUCUUUUUAUCUUAAACGAAAAAUAUUUUGUAAAAACAAAAAA